UGAAUUUGGUAUGAUUAUUACAGAUUGAAGCAAUCUUGGAAAAUGUCAAUUAAUGUCCAUUAUCAAACAAUUUCAUAAAAAUAAACAUUUGAAUUAAGUAAUUAAUAAUUUUGUCAAUCGAUAUCAUCAUGGAAUCGUAUAUAAUACAGGUCAGACGUAUGUGGUUGAAUCAGGACGGAUAUUCUUUAGCGGAUUUAUUAUCUUUGAGACACAGUCAUGUGUCCAUUGCUCAAAUUGGAUCUGAAGUUGCAAUGACAAAGGCAAUGGAACAUUUGUCUGCUCCUCUUGAUACCCUAGUACUUUACCAUUUAAAAAUUAUAGCAAUAAUGAACAAGGAUGACCCAUUAACUAUGUAUAAUUAUCAAAGCUCUGCAGUACAGUCUUUGACAAAGAUACUUCAAAUGCAAAAAGAAGAGAACUGGAUGUUACCUGUUAUGAAUAUGAUGUGUCUAGAAUUAAGAUUAUUAGCAGUCUGCGCUGAAAAUAGAAAAAGUAACAAAAACUCUAAACCUGGAGAAAUAUUAGAAAAGUGUGCAGAUUGUUUGAUGGGCUGCUUUAGAGUAUGUGCUUGUGAUAAUCGUAGUUCAGAAGAUGACACAAAAAGAUGGGGAAUGCUGGCAUUAGUUAAUCAAUUAUUGAAGAUUUACUUUAGAAUCAAUAAGCUACAUUUGUGUAAACCUUUAAUAAGAGCAAUAGAGUCAUCUCCAUACAAGGCACAGUUUGCCUUAGCUCAACAAAUUACUUAUAAGUUCUUUGUAGGACGUAAAGCAAUGUUUGAUAGUGAUUAUAAAGCAGCUGAUGAAUAUUUGACAUAUGCAUUUGAGCGUUGCCACAAAAAAUCUUUUAAAAAUAAACGAUUAAUUUUGACAUAUCUUGUCCCAGUAAAGAUGCUAUUAGGUUAUAUGCCAAAGCAUAGUUUAUUAGAGAAGUAUAAUUUAAUGGAAUUUUGGGAAUUAAUGGAAGCUGUUAAGAAAGGAGAUUUACACAAUCUUGAAAAAGUAAUGGAGAAACAUGAGACUUUUUUUAUAGGAGCUGGCAUAUACUUAAUUGUGGAAAAACUAAAAAUAAUAGCUUACAGGAAUUUAUUUAAGAAAGUAUAUUUGGUACUAAAUAUACAUCAGAUUCCCAUACAAAAUCUACUUUCAGCUCUAGAGAUGCAUGGAAUUGAUGAUGUGGAUAUGGACGAGACAGAGUGCAUUGUAGCAAAUUUAAUAUAUGAAGGAAAAAUUAAAGGUUACAUAUCUCAUCAACAUAAAAAGUUAGUUAUAUCCAAACAAAAUCCUUUUCCCAAGUUGUCAAUGAUACCAUAA